AUGACCGGAAUCAUCAAAAUAGUGCAGCACAACGUCAACAAACAGAAAAUAGCUAGCCUCCAGCUCAGGCAUCACUGCAAUGAGACAAAGGCGGACCUGGUACUCAUCCAGGAACCAGUAGAGAGCAACGGUAUGGAGUACGCCUUUGAAGAAUGCAGACAAGCUGCCGGCGGGGCAAACCCCGGUGCGAUAAUCGUAAUUUUGAACCCGGAGCUACGGGUCAUCGAAUUAACAGACCUCUCAUCACAGUACGUAGUUGCAAUAAAAAUCUGCAGAGGAGGCCAGGCAGAUGACAUUACAGUGGUGUCGGCAUAUUUUAAAUACAACAUGCCGACCCACAGCUUCAUAGAGAAACUCAGACCAAUCCUAGACCGGGAACCGCGCACAGUAAUCGGUGCAGAUGUGAAUGGUCACUCCCGGUUAUGA